AUUUAUGAGGAAUACCUGGAUGUGAAUAUUUUUCUGGCAAUAAUUGAUUACAAUAUUUUACACACUUGGAAUAUUGUGUAAUGUCUCUCAAUAAUAUAUUCUUUAGGAGGGAUUCCUAGUUAUAUAUAGAUACAUACAUUGAAAUAUUCUGGUGAAACAACAGAUGUUAUUUUGAAGAAUAAGCACAUUUUGAAAGAAAUUAUAUCCUAAUCACUGUCUAUUGAUCAUUAUAAAUUAUCAAAUUUGUUUCGAGGAUGAUAUUGACCUGUUAAAUUAAAUAAAAAUGAAAUCGAUAUGUAGAAGUGGAUUUAAGGUUAUGUUUAAGGAAUAUAAAUAGUAUAUUGUUGAGGAAAAUAUACUCUGUAAAAUGAAAAGAUUCUCGAAUAAAAAUUACGCCUACGAAUUGAAUUUAUAUAUCGUGCGAAAAUUAGAUUUAUAUAUUGUGUAUGCAAAGAGAAAGAAUCCUAGUGUAUAUUUAUCGUGAGGCAUGUCUCAGUCUCAGCAUAUAAAAACUUGCUUGAAGAUUGCUAAGCAAAUAUGUCCGCUAGCAACAUUAACAUGCACCGUAUUUGUUAUUGCAAUUACAAUCUACAUCCAUCAGAAAAUCUCGCUGGUCUUUGUCUUUCUUUGUAUGCAGGUGUACCUAAAUUGGUAUUCAAUAUAUAGCAUCAGUUGUAAAGCGAAUCCAAUGAAAGUAAAGGAUAUACAAAGCAAUUUAUGCAGUGUGGUCACCCAGCAGCGCAAAUUCGAGCAACCCAAUAGCGUACAACCACCAGCACACAACACAUCCUAUAAAUUUUGGCAUUGCGAGAGAUGUCAGAGUUACAUGUGCAAACCCACACAGCAUUGCAUCUUCUGUCGAAAGUGUUUUCAUUUCAAAGAUCAUCAUUGUUUCUUCUUAGGUGCCUGCGUUCUUCGUCAGAAUAUGGGCAACUUUAUAUUAUUUUGUUUCUACACGUCGCUCACAUGCCUGUAUUCCUUGUGUGUUCUGGGCCCAUAUAUGUACGAGAACAUUAAUCAUAUAGUGAAGAGCGACGCAGACUACUUCAACAUAUUCCUGAAUUUUUGCUUUCCCAUCGUCCUGGCGAGACUCCUGCAUUCUAAGGAUAGCUCGAGUAUAUUUCUAGUCACAAUAUUUGAUAUGCUAAUGUCAAUCCUGUGCAUCUGUUUGGUGCUCGGCAUUUGGAAGUUGCACAGCUGUCUGACUGGCAAGCAACGUUACGUCAAUCAUGUGACGGGAAAACAGAAUCUGAGAGAGAUCUUUGGAAGUUAUGGUCUAUCCAAUAUUAUCUUUCCAUAUAAUGGUCUCAUAGGCACGCGAGAUAUUAGUGGCAAAUAUGAACUAAAAGAAGUAUGAAGCUAGUUAAGUAAGCAAGGAAUUUGAUUUAAUAUAUUAUUUUAUUUAUUAUGUACAUAGAAAUAAAUACAGUAAUAUGUAUAUAUACAACAUAUUCAUACAGACUAUAAAACACAGAUACAAAUCCAUCCUACAUUAUCAAAUAUUCUGUAAUAUUAAUAAUUAAUUAAUAGAUAGUUAAAAAAAUAUAUCUUUAUUGGAAUUUGUAAUUUUUAAUGAAUUGUAAUAAAUUACAAUUUUUCUUUUUUUUAGAAUUCACAUACUUUGCAAUUUCACUAAAGGUGCACUUUUUUAUACAUUUGAACGUUCCUUUUCAAAAUUAAUGAAAAUAUCCGAAAUAUAAUGAAGAAAAAUUUACUUUUUAUUUUUGCUGUAUUCUAUUAUAUUGUUAUGUUCGCCUGCAAAUUACUGAGAAAAAACUGCAAAUAAUUUAAGAAAAUUAAAUAUGUAAAUGAUGACUUUCACACAAUACAAUUUAAAAAAAAACUACCUCAAUAACCUAACAAAAUCAACAUGAUGAUUUUUAUAAAUCAAUCACAAAAUUGCAAAAAUAUUGGUAAAUAAUUGGCACAAAGAACGUUCAAUUAUGAUUUAUUGCCACAUUUAUUUAAUAUUUUGCUUUGAUCAAAACAUCAAAAUCGCCAUGUAAAAAAUAUUAUAUUAACAUAUAUUAAUAUCUAUAUAAUUUAAUCUUAUCAAAAUGACAGAAUUACUAAAGUGACUGAGGAAUAACAAACAUAUGAAAAUGUUAAGAAAUAAAAAAAAAAAAAAA